AUGCUGCGGUCACCCGCUGACCUUCCUCCUCGUGACAGAAGCCAGGGUGGCGUGGAGACAGGGCUCUUCAACAGCCACAGCUUCUCCGUCACUGAUCUUUGUCUGGGCAAAGCUGAGCUACGCCCGGAGACCAGAGGGUGCUUCAUGCAGGGCAGGACCGAGGAAUGGGGCGGGGCCCCACCUGGGCACUCAGGACCGAGCCCUCCUCACGCCCUGCCCUUUUGCAAUUUUCCCUGUGUGCAGAGCAUAUUUAGGGGCUGGAUUUCAAUUAGCUACUCUUUUUCUUCUGGAGGAGAUUUUGAGACACAAGAGAAAUGGGGCAAUGCCCGGAGGAGACAGAGAGCAAGUCUCUUCCAUCCACAAGGCCUGGCCCUCCCCCAGGCCCCGGGGCGAUGGAGGAAGGCCAUGCGGCCCAAGCGCUCGGUGUCCCCUCGGGCUGCCUGGACCCCGGGGGCGGCCCAGAGUCAGGGCUCGUCUGCUGUCGUGUGGGUGCCGACGUCGGCUGCAGGGGGGUCUGUGCAGCUCCUGCCGCCCUCGGGGAGCCGGGCGCCUGCACUGGGCCGUCAGCUCUCCCGAAAGCGGCAUCGCUGCUCAGCUCUGACUUAUCGGAACACAACGGGACAGCGCCCCCUAGCUAACUGA